UAAUUUGGAAAUUCCGAAUCGUAAUAAAAUUUGAGGGAGUUUUUGGAGCCAAAUUGAAGCCGCCCUUGGCAAAUUUGAAAUUUACGUUUACCGGGUCGGGACUUCUUUUAAAAAUGAGUAUUUGUUGCGUAAUUCGCCGCCCGCCUGAUUUGAAAGUCGAAGCGAUUUCCUUUCCAUUUUAGUCUUUACUGAAGAAGAAAGAAACCAAGAGACAGAGGUAGCGACUCUCGACUGAUACAUCUGAAAAGGUUGAAUUGUUUGGCAAAAAGGGUUGCAGAAGCAUUGUUGUUUGGGUGUGGCUGAGACCUGGGAGUUGCUGAGAGUGAUUACAACUUGCCAUGCCAAUGGUGCUUCAGAGCACUAUCCCAUUCCCGGAUUCAGUUGAAAUGGGUAAAAACCACCUUUGCAUUUCUGUACUUCAAAGUUAUGGGAUCAAAAUUGUUUCCCUUCACAAACCUUGUUCAGCUCAAGUUUUGGGAACUGAUAGUCUUGGUGGAGAUAUCCAGUCGUGUAAGCUGUGUGGUCAUUCAGAAAAUAUAGCCAAUAUGCUACUUUGCGAUCGUUGCGAAGAGGCUUUUCAUGUAUCUUGCUGCAAACCCAGGGUGGUUUUUCCAAUUGACGAGUGGUUUUGUCCUUCUUGUUUGAAAAUGUCACAGAAUAAUUCUUUCAUUAAAUCACCUAGCAUUGGUUCGGGGAUUGCCUCGUGUAAAUUUGAAUUGGGUCCAAUUGCAGUCAUGCUAAAGUACCCAGAGCCAUAUACGUCUAAGGUUCGGCUCGGUGAAGCAUUUCAAGCUCAAGUUCCUGAAUGGUGUGAUCAAAUUAAUGCGGCUCCAUUGUCUGAUGUCCAAACUGAAGACCCGGAUUGUUCUUCUCAUUCCGAUUGUGCUGAUCCUCCGAUGAGAUCAUCCGGCACUGGCAUUGCCUGUAGAAAGAGAAAACAAGAGUUCUCAUCAUGAAUGGUGGCAAACCCCUAAAAUAAUUUCAAGUGAGUCAUGUAUGCAUAAAUAUUUCAUUCCUGCGAAUUCUUUCAUUCAGAUUGUUUCUCAUGUGUGCAAAAUUUCCCUUGUUUGUCCA